GUUAAUUUAAAAGUUUAAAAUGUAAACAAUUUAUAAAAACUUUCUUUGUUAUAAUUAAAUUAUAAAAAUGCAGCGACAAAGAUUGUCUCGUGAAUUAUUAAAAAUGUCUUCGUCUCCACCUCAAGGAAUUUGUGUUUAUUCAAAAGACGAUCAAUAUCACUUAGAAGCAAAACUUACCGGCCCUCAAGAUAGUCCUUACAAAAAUGGUGUUUUUACAUUAGACAUAGUAGUGCCAGAAAAAUAUCCCUUUUCACCACCUUCAAUUACAUUUGUGACAAAAAUUUACCACCCAAAUAUAGAUGAUAAUGGAAGGAUAUGCUUAGAUUUAAUUAAGAUGCCCCCAACAGGUAGCUGGAAGCCCACCAUUGGAUUAGAAGGAUUAUUAACUGCUAUUAGAAUGUUGUUGGAAUGUCCCAAUCCCGAUGAUCCUCUCAUGGCUGAUAUAGCAGAAGAAUUUAAGAACCACCAUCAGAUCUUUUUAGACAAAGCUAAAUCAUUUACUGAAAAGUAUGCACAGGGUUGAGCUGUAUACAUGCAUCUAAUAC